AUGCUAGGAUCAGUGCUAAAAAUCCAUUUGUUUAUUUUGCCUUGCGCCUCUCAUCAGGUCUCUUCCAUGGGUGACAGGGGAACAAGCAAUCACUCGGAAAUGACUGACUUCAUUCUUGUAGGCUUUAGGGUCCGCCCUGAACUCUGUAUUUUCAUUUUCCUACUAUUUUUGCUCAUAUAUGCCAUGAUCAUUUUAGGGAAUGUUGGGAUGGUGGCCAUUAUUAUGACUGAUCCCCGGCUGAACACACCAAUGUAUUUCUUCCUAGGCAACCUCUCCUUUAUUGAUCUCUUCUACUCAUCUGUUAUUGCACCCAAAGCUAUGACCAUCUUCUUGUCUGAGAGCAAGUCCAUCUCCUUUGCAGGCUGUGUGGCCCAGCUCUUUCUCUUCACGCUCUUCAUUGUGACUGAGGGAUUUCUCUUGGCAGCCAUGGCCUAUGACCGCUUCAUUGCCAUCUGCAACCCACUCCUCUAUUCUGUUCAGAUGUCAACGCGUCUCUGCAGUCAGCUGGUGGCUGGUUCCUACUUUUGUGGCUCCAUCAGCUCAGUUCUUCAGACCAGCAUGACAUUCACUUUAUCUUUCUGUGCUUCUCGAGCCAUUGACCACUUUUACUGUGAUACUCGUCCACUACAGAGAUUAUCUUGUUCUGACCUUUUAAUCCAUAAAGUGGUAUCUUUUUCCUUAUCCAGCAUCAUUUUAUUGAAUACCUGUGUAAAUAUCCUGGUAUCUGUAGUGGAGGAGACUGUGUCCAUGGGGAAGAGUAUGGGUCUGGAUGUUGAUGGUGCAGACAUAGAGAAGCUUGUUGAGGACCUUAAGAAGGAGCUGAUGACAGAAGGACUUGCUGAACUCCAGAGUGAGCAGCACAAGGCACUUGUUCAGGGGCAUUCUACCAAGAAGAAGAAGACAGGGAGGAGGUGA